ACUUCUAACGCUAGCAAGUGAACUUGGCUCCGUGUGCGCUAACUUCUUACCCCAAAACAAACCAGAAUUGGAAAAUAACGCCACAUGAACAUCAGAUUUGUGUAGUUAAAUUACUUGUCUAUGGUAACACUGUAUGGCGAUCUCUGUGCCAAGUUGGAUUUCUGGAGACAUGGCCACAGAACAUAUUAAUGGAAAUGGUCCAGAAGAACCAAUGGACACCUCCGCUGCAGUUACCCAUUCUGAGCACUUCCAGACUUUAUUAGAAGCUGGUUUACCACAGAAAGUUGCUGAAAAACUAGAUGAAAUUUACAUAGCAGGUUUGGUGUCACACAGUGACUUAGAUGAUCGAGCGAUUGAGGCUCUGAAGGAGUUCAACGAGGAAGGUGCUCUGCAAGUCCUUUUGCAGUUCAAGGACAGCGACCUCUCACAUGUUCAGAACAAAAGUGCCUUUCUUUGUGGCGUUAUGAAGACAUACAGACAGCGAGAGAAACAAGGGACCAAAGUGUCAGACUCCAGUAAAGGACCAGAUGAGGCCAAAAUCAAAGCUCUGCUGGAGAGGACUGGCUACACACUUGAUGUGACAACAGGCCAGAGGAAGUAUGGAGGUCCCCCGCCAGAGUCUGCCCACUCGGGGGCACAGCCCACCAUUGGUACAGAGAUAUUUGUAGGCAAAAUCCCUAGAGAUCUUUUUGAAGAUGAGCUGGUUCCGCUGUUUGAGAAAGCGGGUCCCAUCUGGGACCUACGCCUGAUGAUGGAUCCUCUCAGUGGCCUGAACAGAGGCUAUGCCUUUGUAACUUUCUGCACUAAAGAAGCUGCGCAGGAGGCUGUCAAAUUGUGCAACAACAAUGAAAUUCGACCGGGCAAACACAUUGGUGUUUGCAUCUCUGUGGCCAAUAAUAGACUGUUUGUUGGCUCCAUCCCUAAGAGUAAAACAAAAGAGCAGAUUGUUGAAGAAUUUGCAAAAGUCACAGAGGGCCUAACUGAUGUCAUAUUGUACCACCAGCCAGAUGACAAGAAGAAGAAUAGGGGCUUCUGCUUCUUGGAGUAUGAAGACCAUAAGACGGCAGCUCAAGCCCGUCGCCGGCUGAUGAGCGGCAAGGUGAAGGUGUGGGGAAAUGUGGUCACCGUGGAGUGGGCGGAUCCCAUAGAGGACCCUGACCCAGAGGUCAUGGCCAAGGUGAAGGUGCUGUUUGUGAGGAAUCUAGCAAGCACUGUUACAGAGGAGAUACUUGAAAAGGCCUUUAGUCAGUUUGGCAAGCUGGAGCGGGUGAAGAAAUUGAAAGACUAUGCCUUCAUUCACUUUGAGGAAAGAGAUGGUGCUGUGAAGGCGCUGGCUGAUCUAAACGGGAAAGACCUUGAGGGAGAGCACAUUGAAAUUGUCUUCGCCAAGCCCCCUGACCAGAAACGGAAAGAACGCAAAGCCCAGAGACAAGCCGCUAAAACACAAAUGUAUGACGAUUACUAUUACUACGGGCCUCCCCACAUGCCUCCACCCACACGAGUCAGAGGACGGGGCGGUCGAGGAGGCUAUUCCUACCCUCCUGACUAUUACGGCUAUGAAGACUAUUACGAUUACUAUGGAUACGAUUACCACAACUACCGGGGCGGCUACGAUGACCCAUACUAUGGCUAUGAGGACUUCCAGGGGUCUGGGAGAGUACGAGGAGCCAGGGGAGGAGUCCGUGGUGGCGCCAGCCAGACCAGAGGCCGCGGUGCUGUCACACCCAGGGGCCGAGCGGGCUUCUCCCAGCGAGGAGGCCCUGGAACGAGCAGAGCAGGGAAACGUGGCCGAGGGCGGUCCUGACCUGUCACAGUGGAGACUGACUUGCUGUGUGGGGUUACACCGUAAGCUGCAAUGGAUGACAGAAAAAAAAAAAAAAAACACGACAAAAAGGUCCAAUGAUAUUCCAGCCUUACAGAAGAAGCAUCUCCCC